UCUCAAGGAAGAGGAUUGAUGACCACUGGUUUAGGACAAUCCUUAACCAUACAAUGAUUUUUUAUGCUCCUCAAAGGAGUGUAAGGGUGACUCAGCCUAAGCAUUUAUGCAACAUUAAAACUUUUGAACCGAUUAAAUUCAAUGACUGUACAGCAUCAAAGGAGAAUAUUCUUUUAUUGUAUGAGGUAUAACCUGGCUAUCUGGCUGACGAAACCUGACAGGUGUACACACUGGCUUUUAUUUUGGAUAGACAAACUUCAUUUGUGUUCCCAAUGUUUGCUUUUGCAAAGGCUUCAACUCCCAGUCUGUAGUUUGCAUACAGACGGUUGCACCUGUGUAAUCAAAGACAGGCAAAGGCACACCUAAUUUCAAUACGAGCCUCAUUUUAUCCACGGCCUGCACCUUCAGAGAAGCACAGAUAACAGAAAUGGAGAUGUAUCCAACGAGUAGAGAUUGUGGAGAAAAGGAAGAAGACUAAAACAUAGGUAGGGACAGAUAGACAGAAGGUCUGGAAAUGUUACACUCUGAAAUUCCCUUGUCCUUCGUACUGGCCCUCCCCCCUCACUAAGCCUGCCUCAAGGCAGAGUUAUUGUUCCUGCCUAUCAGUGUCAUUUCGACAGGGCGUGAGGAACGUUGGGGCAAGUGAGAGUGGAGAUGAGGCAGUCACCGUGCAGUGAGAAGGCAGUGCACUUCUGUUUCACCUGCAGCACCGCUGACUCGAGACUCGAGAAUGUGAACAUGCUCUAGAAGCAACUGAGGAGAGAGGAAACUAGACGGGUACACAAACAGACUUGUUUUGUGUACUGGUCAAGUGUGCAUCGUUGCAUGAUCUCAGUGUUCUGCACGUACACAAGACCAUAAAUCCAAGCCAAUCAGACAUAAGGAGGUGUGAAUGAUAGGAUGUACCUGUAAGAUGGACCUGGGAGCGACUGUGUGGCACACCCAGACAACAGUGGACGCUGAAGUGGAGAAAGGUCCCGAGCUGCAGUGCUCCAUCUGUUUCACCACGUAUGACAAUGUCUUCAAAACGCCCAAACAGCUGGACUGCACACAUACAUUCUGUCUGGAGUGCCUCUCACGCCUCAUGGCCAUCUCCAUGGACCCUGAGGAGAGCAAAAUCUCGUGUCCCUUCUGCCGCCACCUGACAGCCAUCCCUAAAAAUGGCCCACCGGCUCUGACCACCAGCCAUGAGGUUCUGUGUCGUCUUCCCAGGCAUCAGCAACACGAGGAGCCCGUGUGGCUCGAUGGGGACAAGCUGUGCUACAAACGGCCACUUAAGACAGGCAUGCCGGCUUUCUGCAUCUGCAUUGAUAUUGGUGCCAGUGGGCAUGGUGCAGGUGCUCCGCGUCAGACGCGCCCCAGGGUGAGCCUGAUGGAAAGACUCGCUAACUGGAAGAAGCUGCUGCUGUUUAUUGUAAUCAUGGUGCUGGUGGUGGUGAUUGUGCUGUGGCCGCUGCAGUGUAUCAUCACCACAGGGUCGAUGCGCUGCGUGCCUCGCACCCCACAGACCAACCCCAGCACAUCUCCACGCACACUGAUAUACCCAUGACUGACACACAAACAAACUGUUCAUCUUACACUCCUGAGACCUGUACACUCAGUGAUGAUUGGCAAGACACGAAUGAAAUUUUAUUAUUAUUAUUAGAAACUGAGAAUGGGCUUGAAACCUUGUCCAAAACCAUCUGUAUGACCUUCAUUCAUUCAUUUUUAGUAGCCACUUUAUCUUUGACAGGGUUGUGUUGGAUCCAGAGUCUAUCCCGGGAAUACUGAACAUGAGGUGGGAAGACUGGAUGGAUGCCAGUCCAUCGCCAGCAGCAUACACACACACUUUCACAUCUAGGGGAAAUUUAGCAUCAUCGAUCCACCUACUGUGUUGUUUUGGGAGGUGGGAUGAAACCUGAGAAGCCAGAGGAGACCCAGAUGGACACAGGGAGAACAAGAAACACUCCACACAGACAGUAACCUGAGCUCAGGAUCGAAACCUGGAGCUGUGAAGUGGUGACGCUUCCAGCUGCGAGACAAAUCAGUGGCUAAAUCUUUGAUUAGUAUUGGUUUACUGAGACUCGUGUUCAUCUGCAGAAAAGCACAGGCCUGGACUUACUAUAGAUCUAAUAAGAUGAUGAGUGGUAAGAAAAGUGCAGGGCUGGGCUACUAUAGAUCUAAUGAGAUGAUGAGAGGUAGGAAAAGCACAGGGAGGGGUUACUAAAGCUCUAAUGAGAUGAUGAGAGGUAGGAAAAGCACAUGGCUGGAAUUACUAUAGAUCUAAUGAGAUGAUGAGAGGUAGGAAAAGCACAUGGCUGGACUUACUAUAGCUCUAAUAAUGAGAGGUAGGAAAAGCACAUGGCUGGACUUACUAUAGGUCUAAUGAGAUAAUGAGAGGUAGGGAAAGCACAUGGCUGGACUUACUAUAGCUCUAAUGAGAUAAUGAGACGUAGGGAAAGCACAUGGCUGGACUUACUAUAGCUCUAAUGAGAUGAUAAGAGGUAGGAAAAGCACAGGGAGGGGUUACUAUAGCUCUAAUGAGAUGAUGAGAGGUAGGAAAAGCACAGGGAGGGGUUACUAUAGCUCUAAUGAGAUGAUGAGAGGUAGGAAAAGCACAGGGAGGGGUUACUGUAGCUCUAAUGAGAUGAUGAGAGGUAGGAAAAGCACAGGGAGGGGUUACUAUAGCUCUAAUGAGAUAAUGAGAGGUAGGAAAAGCACAGGGAGGGGUUACUAUAGCUCUAAUGAGAUGAUGAGAGGUAGGAAAAGCACAGGGCUGGACUUACUAUAGAUCUAAUGAGAUGAUGAGCGGUAGGACACCUGUGGAAGGGUAAAAGACAUGACUUGAAGGGUAAAAGACUUUAACAUGUGAUGUAAACAGGUCUAAUACUAUGUUCAUCUUCGGCACUUUCUAAAAGUAUUUACAUUUUUCCACGUCUAAAUCAGAAUCUUUGAAUUAAGAAAGGAAUGUAAAUUAGUUUGUGGUUAAUUCCAAGUCUGACUGGCUAUUUUUUUUUAAGAUCCAAUGCCAUGUUUUUUUUUUUUUGUUUGUUUUUUUUAAAACUUGUAUAAAAAAAUGAUUGAAAUUAGAAAUCUCAGAACAGUAUUCAAAGUGGUUCUUUACAGUGGACCUGAGACGCCUCAUGCCAAAAUCCAUUAAAAGGUUAUAUUAACUUUUUAAUAACUGCACUAUGAAUAUCCUUAUGUGGCUUUCAUACAUAAAUAUUUCUAUAGUUGUGUAUAAUUUUAUAUGCGCUGUAUAUAGAAUAUUUGUUCUCACUGUAUUAUGGACUACAUUUUUUUUUUUUUUUGCCUAUCAAAAAAUAAAUGCUGACUAAACACCAACCCUUGAAUGAAGAGCAUCCAUGAUCGAUCGUAAUGUUGAUAUUGUAACUUUGCUGUUCUAACUUCCUGUUCUGUGUCAGUAUUGGCAGCCAAGUCUCCAGUGUGUGUUCUGAACUGAAACGCAACCAUCCAAACAUCUCCAGGCUGACUGAGAAAACGUGACCACACACACACACACACACACACACACACACACACACACACACACACACACACACACACCUGAUUGAAUCACCCGCUCCUCCUCCUGGACAUUUUAGAAUCCACAAGAAGCCAAUUAAAGUAGUUCAUUAUGAAGCCUUUGUGGGAAAUGAGGUUAAAAGUAAAAGAAGUGUGAAACAGUAUCCAGCUCCUGUAUGUAGUCUCAGAUAAUGCACAAAUAUGCCCAUGGGGAAACUGAGGACGCUUCAGCAUGAGCAGCUGUCAAACGUGUCCAUGUGUAUGAGAAAGUGGAUGGAUAUGAUGAUAGGGUUUCCAAUUAGUAAUGAGAUGUUAAGAUGAUCAGACGCCAUAGAGAGCACAACAUUUGAACACUAUGUCUACGAGUGUUAAUUACAUUGAAUUUCUCCAAAAUUUCUCUUGAACACAUGCCAUUGUAGUAAAAUACCCCAACCUCACAUUAACCCUCAUCCUACCGA